UGUUACGGAACUAAUUAGCAACGUUUCCAAAAAGAAGUAAUCAAACAGGUGUAGAACUUGGAUGUUCAGUAUUUUCUCAACUUGCUGGUAUAUGCCGGUACAUGUCCAGCCGCAUGGGCGAUCGCAUCCGCCUCAUGAAUGGGACCUUAAAAGUCCAGCUGCUGGGAGCCCGCGGAGCUGAGCGCCGUACAUCCAUCUGAUGGACAGAGAGCUACAGGCAGAGAAGAAGUGUUUACAGAGAUUCUCAAAGCUAUCACUGUGGAUCAUAGAGUAUGUCUGGGCUCACAAGAGGAUGGACAUACAAGAGGUUGUGGACCGUUCCGAUUUGCCAGACAUGGACUCCCAGCCUCUCAGUAUUGAAGAUUCAUGGAGGCUGCGUGUUGCCUCUGCACAAAUAUACUCCAUUGUGAAGAACAGAGACUUGGAGCACUUUGACAGAGUGAUGGCCUUUCUGGAAGCCACCUACAGACUUUUACCCAGACUGGUGGCUCCCAUCAAACACAUGAAGAUCAUGUUUGGCCUUAAAACCUUGGUCAUUAUGUGGAUGCUCAGGGAGGGUCGAGGAAUGGUUGAUACUGUGUUUAAAAUCACCCAGUUCUUCCCAAGUAAACUGCCUCAAUACCAAGAUCAGUGUAACCAACAUGAGAUGUCCCUCAUGAGGAAGAACAAUCUGGAUUUUAAGGCUCUGGCACAAGCUCUUGCUGUGGACAAGGACAAACGAGAAGAUUAUAUUAAGAAACAUAUGGAGGAGCACUAUGGUGAACAUUAUGCACAGAAAGUAGAAGAGAGACUGUUGCACUAUCUACACCAGCUGGAGACUGUGAUACCAGGAGAUACUUUCAUUGAUAAGAUACUAAAGAAAAACAGUCCUGUUACUGAAGAGGAGAAGCUGCUGUUGGAAGUAGUUACUUCUGACUCCAAGACCAUAGCAACAACUCUAAGGAAACUGCUGCACUGUGAUGUUGUCUCCUGUCGUCCAGAUCAGGUUUCUCAGUCAUUAGAACAUGGAGAGAAUGAAAUGGAAAGCUCUCAACUCUCAAAGUCUGUUCUGGUUGUCAGCUCCCCAAAAGCUCUUCAUAAGUCAGUGGAAGUCAAAGCUCCCCUACAGUUUCAGUCAAAGGUUUUAAAGAGAGGAGAAGAAGCUCUCCAAGGAGUAUCCACAGAUAGCUGCAUUUUGUGGAAGGAUAACAGUCAUUCAGAUAUUACACGGCGUCAACAAACAAAGGAGCAUGGUAAGGUGGAGGAAGAGAGCAGUAACAAAGGAAAGCAGGAAAUGAGUGAGAGAAGCAGGGAGUUUGUUCAGGAGGCUCCCUCCUUUCCUCAGUUCUGUUCUAGACACCAGCGAUGGGUGAAGAGCAUCCUGCAGGAGUGUCCUGACGAGUGUUCAGAGGACCUGCUACUUCAGGCCGAUGUUUCUUCAUCUCCUCCACUGUUCCAGUCAUCCUUAUCCACUACCUCAUCACAGGACCUCACCCCCUCUGACCUCGUUCCAUGUCCCCCUGACCAACAAGAUCCACCUUCACAAACCAGUACCCAUCCCCAGACAGCAGUGCAAGUAUCUGAACAUGUAAACCUCAAAGAUCAGAGCUCUGGAUCAGCAGGCAAUUCCUCUGAAACAAAAUCUCUUCCCCAGCCCUCGUCCACUUUGUUUUCCCCAAUUGUCCGACUGAUAGAUUUCGUCUCUACCUUUAAACCCCAUCAAGUGUCUCCAGAUUACCUUAUCAUGUCUAGUACUAAGCAGGCAGCUUCUACUUCCAGUCCUCAGGUACUAACCAUUCCUCACUGCCGUACCUCAAGGGACGAAGACACUUCAUUUGAUCAGUUAAAAAGUGCAGCCCCAGCAAAUCACCCAGCCACAAUGUACAAUGUAUCUCAGUCUUGUCCCAGACUUUCAAGAGAACUCAGACCGACUGUCACUAACAGUUUCAGUCCAAACCCUUCAGCUGAGCAGUUCACAAAGGCCUCAUCCGAUUACAGUAUCUCUACACAUGAUGCCUCUCAAUCAGGGACUCUAUCCUCGGUCUGUACUGCUAAUCAAAUCCCUUCAUCUACCAAAUCAUCUCAACAGGUUGUCCCUCAGAACUCCAUCAAACCUCAUCCUCAGACACACACCAGCAGCCCCUUUCCUUUAAACACCCAACCACACUCCAUUGUCGUUUCCUCUUCCUCCUUUUCUGAUAGUCUGGCUGUCAGGUCUGAGACCUGCAGAGUCCACAGAGCCCAGCUGAGGUUAUCACUACAAAGUCAGGCUGUGCUGUUGCAGUCCACAUUGCUACAGCCCUAUGUGAGUCUUACUAGGCUGAGUGCUCAGGAGUGUUACCGAGUGACCAAGGGGAGAUCCUCAGCUGGACAUGUAGAGCCCGCAUUACAAGGCAGCAGUGAUGAUGAGAGCAAGAAGGAGGAGGGAGAUUUAGAUUCUUCUUUUGAUCUGAACACUCUUUACUCCAGUCAGUCUUCAGGUGGUGACAGCGAGGGCUCGCUUAUUUACGACCCUGACUACAAACCUUGCGUUAAAAAGAAAAGACUACUGUUAAAGUAUGAGACUGCAAAGAGCCUGAAUCACACAUAAGAACAUGGACAAUAAUCCAAGUGAUAGUGAAGUUUUAAACCAAGGUUGAUAUUUGGGAGUUUGAAAAAUAAUGAUAUGUUGCCUAGGACUAGGCUUUUUUAAACAUAACAAUCACCUUUAGAGAAUCAGUCAACAAUUUUAAAAGGCUGCUAUUAAAUAAGCUUUAAAGGACAUACAUAACCUUUUCUUCCAUUUCUGAUUCUGAGGUAUAGUGGCUGCACAACUGAACAAAAAUGGUUGUUGUAAAUGUUUAGUGUAGCAGUGUAUCAUAUUGAGUAUCAUAUUGAUUAUUAUGUCAUUGUAGCAGGUGUUUCUUUUAUGUCUUGACUGGGGAUAGACCGAUUAUCAGCCGGGCCGAUUAUCAGCGCUGAUACUCGUCAUUUUGACGCAUAUCGGCAUCUGCCUUUUUUUUUAAACCAAUGGCCGAUAAGAGAUCAAUUUAAAACUGGGUUAUUUUAGCUCUGACACUGCACCUCUCUGUCUGCAGUCACUACUCUGUCUCCAGCACUGUCCCAUCCACAGCACCAUCUGAUUGGUUACACACAGAGCCACAGCAGGGAUGACAACAGGGAUAAGCAUGCACAGUGCUCACACACACACACGGCAGAGAGGAGAAAAAGUUUUGCCAGGUGGAGAAGCUCCAGAGAGCAGAUAUAUGUUUCUUUAUUUACUGUAUGAAACUUCAGGGAGCUAUUUAUUUGUUUAGGUUUUCAUUUAACUUUAUAAGACAUGCUGCUGAGCCUGGGAGCUCCCUGCGCUUUUUGUUAACAUGUUGCAAAUCUGAAAAGCUGUUUAAUAAACAUAUGCUUAAAGGCAUUUAAACAAAGUUAAGUGUUGGAGUUUGUAUUAUCCAAAAUUUUGACGCCAAUAUUUUCACUUUUACUGCAAAUGAAUAUCGGCUCCAAAUAUCAGUUGUCAGCCUCCUUGACUACUAAUAAUUGGUAUCGGUAUCGGCCCUUAAAAAACCAUAUCGGUCUAUCUCUAGUCUUGACUGUUAUGUAACUACUGAAAAUUGUUUCUCAGUGUUGAUUUAUUGACAAAACAGAGUAAAUAACCCGGUAGGGUUCUUAACAAAGCCUUGUGAUGUGUUUUUUUCAGUCCGUCUGACUGAGCUGAGAUAUCGCUGUUGGAUGAGAGUUUAUAUGAUAUUCAUGGUCACCAGAGGAUGAAUCCUAAUGUAAUGCUUAAUCCUGGCGACAUCAGCAGGCAGACAUUUUCACAUAGCCAAUGAGAUCUCCACAUCCAAUAAAUGGAUUGGCACAAAUGUUGUACAGUCAUGGUUCCCAGAUC